AUGGAGCCCGGUCAAGCACAGCCCAAAAAGGCAAUGUGGACCUUCCAUCUCCACCCUGUUGGCUCCCCACCCACAGGGGGAACCACUGGUGUCGGAUGUGCUGUCCCACAGGUGGCAGUGAAAGUCGAGGGCCUUGGUGGACCACCCAGGCGGCAGAGGCUAGCUCUGGGGAUGGCACAAAGCAGAAAAAGCAAGGAGUGGGACUACUACACUGAGGACACUUGCGGUAAUGUUGUGUGUAAUAUUUGCACAGCUGAAGUAAGCCAAGGAUCAAGUAAGCUAAAAUUAAAAAACACCACAAAUCUUUGGUGCCACCUUAAAAGUAAACAUAAAAAUGCUUAUGAGAAAGCACAAGAAAAAGCAGCACAACACGUGCCAAGGAGCACUCAGCCUACACUCUCACAAGUGUUGGAUAAAACAACAAAGUGGUCCACAAAUGAUCCACGAUCAAAAGAAAUGGACAAAGUUAUAAUGGAGAUGAUUGCUUCUGAUGUCAUGCCCUAUGCGGUUGUGGAGGGUGAAGGGUUUAAAAGACUACUGGCCAAGGCAGAACCCCGAUAUACUCCAAAAAGUGAAAAGUAUUUCUGUAUACAGCUGAUGCAGGAAAUACACUCAAAAGUUGCGAGAAGGGUAAAGGAACUUCUCUCUGUGGAAAAUGCUGGAAAUAGCAUUGCCUUUACCACAGACUAUUGGUCUGGAUCAACUGAGUCUCUCAUGAGCUUAACUGCCCACUUCAUUGACAAACACUGGGAGAGAGUCCAAAUUGUGUUGAAUGUAAAAGCCAUGUUUGGGUCCCACACAGGGCAAUGCAUCAGCGAGACUUUCUUGACUUUACUAAAAGAAUGGGACAUUGAUGCACAGCGUGUUCAUCUGGUGCUGAGGGACAGUGGUGCAAACAUGGUCAAAGGAUUAAAACUUGCAGAGAUGCCUGGCCUGAGUUGUACUGCGCAUACCCUUCAAGUGGUUAUCAAUGAUGACCUCGCUUCCCAGAGGAUGGUGGGGGACAUACUGGCCAAAUUGAAGAGAAUAGCCACACACUUUAACCACUCUGUUGUAGCACAGCAGCGACUGUCGGUCAUUCAGGAGGAGGUUGGUGUUCAUAAACAUUCAAUUCUCCAGGGAGUUCCUACCAGGUGGAAUUCAACCCUCCACAUGCUUGCCAGGAUGUUGGAGCAAAAGAGAGCUGUCACAACCUACUCUUGUGACCAUGGCCAUUUUCUAUGUCCAACUGCUGAACAGUGGGACGUGGCAGCCAACCUGGUUGACACAUUGACACCACUAGAAGAAAUAACGUGUGAAAUGAGUAAAGAAGAUUCCUCGGCCUCCUGCAUCAUACCAUGUGUAGCAGUGCUCCGCCGUCUGCUUGAGUCAGAAGAACCUAGCAGCAGAGGAAUCAAAACACUUAGGAAGACCAUGCAAGAGAGUUUGGAGAAAAGAUUCUCUCAUCUGCAAGACACAAAAGAGGUGGUGCUGGCGUGUCUCUUGGAUCCACGUUACAAGGAGUGGCCCUUCUCACCAGAGACACUGGCCAAAGCUAAAGCCUGGCUCAAGGAAGAGGUCGAAAGGAGAACCAAAAAAAAAAAAAAAAGGCUGGAAGAGGGUCAAAAUCCCAGUGUACUGGACAGCCUUUAUGACACCAUGCUUGCUUCAACAAAUGAAGAACAAGAACCUGAGGGGAUCCUUGAAGAGCUGGAGCGGUACUUGAGGGAGCCAAUGAUAGAAAGAAAAGGGAACCCCCUGGAGUGGUGGAACAGUAACAGUUACCGCUUCACUAGAAUGUCAGCCUUGGCCAGGAAGUAUCUCUGCUGUCCACCUUCUUCUGUGCCAAGUGAGAGGGUGUUUGGAGUCAUUGGCAACAUUUAUGAGGAGAGACGCAGCUCCCUCAAAGGAGAAAAUGCAGAGAAACUGUGCUUCCUAUACUACAACCUACCUCUGUUAAAUCCAUCGGUAAAGACAAGCGUGAGAAUUCCAGAUCGCACACCACGGCGCACUCAAAGUGUGGAUUUCCCCCUAAACUGUUCCUGGAUGAAUGAAUCUCAGCCAGCGAGGCGGGGCACGGGGCCCACAGACUGGCAUGUGCCCAGCUCUGUCCCUCAGUGGUUGGUGGGGCUGUAUUUUGGACUCAAUCAGCCUGGUCAGCCACCUGGUCCUGCUCUGGCUCAGCUCCAUUUACCUCAGUUGGAAGUGUACCCUCACUGCAGUACCCUGGCUCGUCUCUACCUCCUCCAGUGCUUGGAAUUCCGGACGGUGUUCGAUCACCCGAUGCGGGAGCAAGCGAACUCCCAGCGCUUAUCCAUCAGGCAGGAUGCCCGUAGCGUGGCGGCUUAUUCCAUCGAAUUCCGUAUUCUUGCUGUGGAGUCUGGCUGGAAUGCAGCUGCGCUUCGGAACGCGUUUGUAAAUGGCCUGUCUGAGACGCUUAAGGAUGAACUGGCGCCCGAUCUGAAUCGUCAGUUCAUUGUGGAGGUCAAUGCCUCCGACAUUGGGAUCGGGGCCGUCCUCUCCCAGUGGGCUGAGGGCGAUGGGCAGCUCCACCCUUGUGCCUUCUUUUCUCUGUGUCUGUCUCCCGAUGAGUGCAAUUAUGACGUGGGUAACCGGGAACUCCUGGCAGUGAAGGAAGCACUGGAGGAGUGGAAACACUGGUUAGAAGACCCAGCCCUAAGAACACCAAACCUGAUGCGCUCUCUCGGCAAUACACCCCCUCAACAGCAAAACCACCUCUGA